AUGAGCUACACCCUCUAUGACUCCUCUAUCAUCCUGGCUCGGGACGCCCUAAAGUCCCUCACGGCUAUCCUCAAGAAGGCCGCCGAGCACCCCAACCCCGCCACCCUAGCUUCCGCCCGCCUCUACGAGGACAUGUACCCCCUCAGCUUCCAGGUCUUCAUGGUGACCGACAUAGCCCAGAAGGUUGUCGCCCGCACCUCAGGCAUGGAGCCUCUCUCUCAGGAACCCGACCUCGAGACCUUCGAGGCCAUGCAGGCCCGCAUUGAGCAGGCGCUCGAGAUUGUCAACAAGGCUGACAAGGAGCUUAUCAACAAGCGUGCGGAGGAGAUUGUGCAGGUGGGAAUCGGAGAAGACAAGACGGCUGAGAUGCAGAGCCGCAACUACGUUAAUGGGUAUGCGCUACCCGUUGCGUUCUUCCACCUUUCGAUGGCGUAUGCUAUUCUGCGAAAGGAGGGUGUGCCAGUGGGUAAGAGGGACUACCUCGAGAGCUUCUUAGACCAGUACCUUUCUUAG